UACAGAGAGCCGGGCUGACAUUAUACACAGACGAGUAAAUACCUACUGCUAUAAUAGGCAAGGGUUCAAUAGGUGAAAAGAUACUUCCCAUACGGGAAUGCUGAUGAAGAUGGGGAAUUACUGAUACACGAGUGCUUGUGGAUUGGACUGUCUGAUGGAACUUACUUGAAAAAAACACUGAAGAGGACCUACCUACCUCUACUUGAUGGACAUUCUUUGGGAUUGGAGAACAAUUCUUUUCAGAAGGAUCGUUAUAUAGAGAGAUAUGUUUUAGAGAGGAAUAUCUCCGAGGAACCUACCUGAGAGAAAACCUUCCCCAAUAUAACAACAUAUAUAAAGGGAUAAUAUUUUGAAAAUACCCGUUGGAGAGGGAACUUAAGGGACAACCUCCCUGGGAGAGGACCUACCUAAGAGAAUGACUGUCUGCGACCCACCUGACAGCUCACCUACCUGACAUAGUUCAGAGGAAAGCCUCGGAAAUUCUGUCUAUUAAACUCCAGACUUUAGGACCAAGUGAUCCUGACUGAGAGGAUCUGUGUGACUACUGAGGACAGUUUUGUCACAAAUAUAACCCAUCACACUAUCUGUAAUGAAUUAGGGAUUAUUUGGCAGCGGAUCUAAAGGAAAACUUGAAAAAGUGCAUCUCUGUAUACACAAAUCUCCAGGACCAACAGGCUUUAUCCUAGGUAUCCAUCCUGGUUUACACCCUAAAGGAAGGAGGGGACUUCCCAGACCCCAAUGUAAUGCUUGUGGUCAAUAGUAACAUGGGAACUAAGGACAUUAAUUUAUGUACAGAGUCUCAAAAUCACUACACUAACCUACCUGCUUCAACUCACCUAACUGCUGUGGAGGUUCCUCCGCCUCCCCCACCACCUCCUCCAGCUCCUCCAAAUCUGAACUUCUCAGAGACCCCUUUGAGUUUGUUCCAAAGGCUUGACACCAAACGUCAAUCACGUCUAAGGAACUUCAACUGGGAGGCCAUCCCACCGGAGAAAGUAAGAGGUAGACCCAGCUUGUGGAGCCCGGAGAACUUUCAGGGAGAGCUUCAGAUUGACACAGGGAGGAUGGUGGAAUUAUUUGGAAAGAAGGAAGAAGAAAUAAAGAGAUCAAAUCUCCCCAGACGGUCCCUGUCCUUUGGGGAUGCCCAGCUGAACAAGGUUUUUCUGCUGGAUUCAAGGCGAAGCAUGAAUAUUAGCAUUUUCCUGAAACAAUUUAAAAGAUCCGCUGCUCACAUUGUAGAAGAUAUAAAGCUGGCUAAAGGGGACAACUACAGUUCUGAGAAACUGAAUGAACUUUUGAAACAACUGCCAGAAAGAGAGGAGGUGAAACGUCUGAAAGCAUUUCAGGGGGACAGAAAUAGGCUGAGUGAAGCGGACCUGUUCAUGUUACUGCUAUUGGAGCUACCAAGCUAUGCCCUGCGUCUAGAAGCAAUGAUAUUGAAGAAGGAUUUCCCGGCUUGUAUCCUAUCACAGCUCUCCGCAGCUCGAGAACUGACAGGAGCUGCAGAAGAAGUACUGCAUUGCUCAGAAUUGCACUUUAUCCUGAGGCUGGUGCUGAAGGCUGGAAACUUUAUGAAUGCUGGUGGAUAUGCUGGGAAUGCUGCCGGCUUUCGGAUAGCCUCUCUUCUCAAGCUUGCAGACACAAAAGCCAACCGGCCUGGGAUGAAUUUGUUGCACUUUGUAGUCAUGGAGGUGCAGAGAAAGAAUGCUGAUUUUCUCUCUUUCCCUGACAAACUUGAACAUGUUGGUGUUGCCAGUCGGUUGUCAGAGGAAGGCUUGAUGGAGGACUUUUAUAAGCUGCAGUGUCGUAUCAGGUCCAUGAGACAUUCUCUACAAGCCCAAGAAGAGGAGGAGCUUAGGAAACAGAUGAACACAUUUCUAGAGUAUGCAGAAGAUCAGCUCCUAGAGGUCCAGAAGGAGAUUGAAACCUUGCAGGAUGCCAGGCAGAACUUGAUGCAAUUCCUCUGCGAGGAUGAAAAGACCUUCCGACUGGAGGAAUGUUGCAAAAUAUUCACUUGCUUCUGUCAGAAGUUUCAGUUGGCUAUAAAGGAAAAUAGGGAUAGGGAACUGGAGGAACAGAGGCGACAAAAAUGGGAGAAGGAACGUUUACAGAAGAGACAUUCCAUGGCUAUCUGCAGUUCACUGGAGUGUCGUAAGGUUGAGGAUGACCUGGAACUUACCUUGGAAAGGAACUUACGUAAUGUUUUUAGGCCUAGCAGGCUACGUCUGUGUAGAAUGCGCACUUUGAGUUCAAGCUCUCCUAGUACUAUAAUACAUCAAAGGCAUAAUUUUGAAAACAUCCAAGAAUUUUGUGAUGAAAAGGAUGCUCAAAAAAUACGAGAAGUCUCAGAACGAGUGCUGAAUCAGCAAAUGGCUUAUACAAUGUACAAAGACAUGAACUCUACAAAUAGCAUCAAUGAAUUCAGCUUAUACUCUACAACUGAAAUACACUCAGAGAAACUAUGUCAGUCACUAGUCAAUUCAAAUUCCUGUGUAGUAAAGCAGGAGUCUGAGAACCUCGGACAAUCAGAACCCAAAUCCAGUAGCCAAUUACAAGCACUGUCUGACCCUUCAAACUUCUCAUUAUUCACAACUAGACAUGGAGAUUCUACUCCAACAUUAUCACAGCCUUGCACAGAUAACGGCAGUCAAUCAACAGAACAUGAAAGAUCUGAGGCCCAUGCCCAAGAACUAAACCAGGCUGCCUCUUACACCAAAGCACAGUUAAAAACACAGUGUGAACCUGAGAUCGCAAGUCAGUCACCAGCACAGCAUGGAUUUAAUAAUCUUUCUGGAAUAAGGAUUCAACAAUCAUUAGCCCAUACGGCCAGGCACUCAUUAGCCUUCCCUCAACAAGAAGCUCAACUUUUUACAGAGGCCAGUAGCCUAGUACCAAGACAAUUUGCAUGGAAGACAACAAUUCAGUUUUCAAAUCAACUUUUAACUGAGACUCCAAUUCAAAAACUAUAUGGGCUUGCUAAUAAAACCUCAUACAUACAAAAUACUAGAAAACCGAGAAACGAUCAAAUUAAGCUGGAACCUGCCAUCCAUGGCCAAUCACCACAGCAACAGCUUGAAAAUCAGGCCCAAAAUCAAUUACCAUCCCAGUUUAGACUUCAAGAAUCAGCAUCUAAGUUUGCACCCGAGACCACAAGCCAGUCAACUCAACAUGGAGCAGAGUUUACAAGUCCAGCAUUAUAUCACCAUGGACUUGAGAAAGUAAGACAAAGAAAUCAUAUAUUUGAUGUUCCAAGGCAUUCAAUUUCACAGUUUGAACCUGAUGUCUUCAGACAAACAUUUUCUGACUGUAGAUCUGACGCAUACAGCCAAACACUAUUACACACUGGAGCUGAAUCUAAUAAACUCAGAAAACAAAUUGCUCAGUCUGAAUCAGGCGAUCUCAGACAAAUAUUAGCUGUCACUGGAUCUGAUUCUUUAGAUCCACUACAAGCACUGAAUGGACUUCAGAUACCAAGUUCAUCAAUUGCACAGCUUAUAACUGAGUCCUCAAGUCAUCCAUUAGACCUAGUUAUACCUAAAAGUUUGAGACAAUCAAUUGGCAUGUCUGCACUUGAUACCUCCAGGGAAACACUGCCUCCAUGUAAAUCAGAUUCUCGUAAACUGCCACUAUGGUAUCCCAGACCCACAACACAGACAAUCACUCAUGGGAUAUCUCUAGCUCACCCUCAAUCAAAUACUUCCAAACAACUGCUAGCUGAGACUGAAUCAGAUACAUCCAUACAACAAUUAGGGCAACCCAAGUUAGAUUGUCAGAAGCAAUUACUAGUUCAGCCUCAAUCAAAUACAAUAAGCCAGCCUCUAGCUGAGACAGGAUCAUAUACUUCUUAUCAGCUACUAACUUCAACUGAGCCAUAUAUUUGCAGACAACAACUGACUCAACCUCAGUCAGAUACAUUCAUAAAACUGCGAGAUCAAUCUCAUUCCGAUACUACAAAACAGCUUCUAGCUGAGAGUGAAUCAGAUUCUCCUGGGCAAAGACUAGCUAAACAUGAAUCAGAUAUAUACAGACAAGAAUUACCUCAACAAACAGUUGAUGUUUCCAAGCAACUAUCUGAGACUGAAUCAGAUACUCCCAAACAACUAAUUUUGCUUGAGUCAGAUACUUGCAUACAAUCAUUAGCACAACCUAACUCUCAAGGUAUUCUCAAGGAACUGUCAGCUGAAGCCAAUUGUGACUCCAGGCAACAACUAGAUCAACCUCAAUCAGAUAUUCCCAGACAAAUUCUAGCUGAGAUUGAAUCAAAUACUCCUAAACGACAAACACAGUCUGAAUCAGAUACUUACAAACAGCCAAUGGUCCAGCCUGACUUAGUUGCACAGCAAACAUUAGACCACUCUGGUCCAAUUCAAUCACAAGUCCAGCUUGCACCUGAUAUCUCAGGUCUGUUACUAUUACAACAUACACAUGAGAUCCACAUUCAAUCACUAGGUCAUUCUGAGUCUCCUAUACCCCACAGUUAUAAAGACAAAGAUGAAGAAGUUAUAUCCUGUAAAUCAGUAUGCCCAUUGUUAGACCAUUGUGAACAUAAUAAUUACCAGCAAGUACAAACUCAGACUCAGACUCAAUGUGAAAUCAGCAACAUUCAUCUGGCCCAACAUCAACACGAAAGUCGCAGACAAUCAUUAACAUCACAGUCUGAAUCUGUAAUCUCCAGCGAUAAAUUGGCAUUAUUUGAACUAGAAAAAUCCAGGAAAUCUCAAGAUAAUUGUAAAUUAGAUACCAAUAAUCAAACAUUACAGCAGCGGUGUACUUCAGUAAUUGAGCUUGGGAAUAUUUGCUGCCAUCUUGAAGACCAAAAUCAAAAUGAAAAUAUGAGUCAGUCUGUAUCCCCAUGUGCUUCUAAAAAUGCCAAUCAAUUACUAGCCCAGUCUAGGAGGGGAUCAUCCAACAAGUCUCAAUCUGAGCUUGUUCCUCACUCUGCGACCCAAUCACAAACCCAGUCUUGGAUGGGAUCAACCAGCAAGUUGCAAUCUGAGCUUGAGUCUCACUCUGCAAACCAAUUACUAGCUCAGUCAAUGCCUGAACCUUGUAAACAUUCACUAUACAAGUCUACGAGUUUUACAACUAGAAUUCCACCAAGAGAGACUUUAGCCUUUAAAAAGCAGAUACGGACUAAAGAAACAAAUUUUCAGAUUUCAUCACCACAAGAGAAGCUAAAAGAAUCCAGGAGGGAACCAAACAAAGCAUCAAGGACUACACCUAACUAUAAGUCAUUUGCCAAGACUGUCAAACAGGAUUGUCCUAUGGCACAAAAGGAAUCUCCAAGCCCAUGUGCCAAAUGGAAGAGAGAAUUGCAAAACUCUUCUGACAAAUUGGUAGGAUCAAAAAAGGAAAUAAGCACAGAUAAUAGCAGUUUGGAGAGUUUCUCAAAUAGUUUGGUGAGCAAGAAAUCAGAUCAUCAGAGGACACCCAUAUUAAAAAGAAGUGUAACUAGCACAAAAAGGCCUCACAGUGACUUAGGAUUUGGAGUUAGAAGGGUUCACUUAACUAAAGAAGCAGCUGCAGUAAGUUAUCAGGGACCAGGGGGUCUAAACCAAAAUAUGUCUAUCCAUAAACAGGAGCAGAAGGAAUCCAGGAUUGGGAAGAUUACACACAAAGUAAAUCUGCAUAGCGCUGAGCCACUGAAAAUAGCCACGGCCAAAAUUAUUGAGAGUCCCAAAGACAAAAAGGAAACCCUUCCUCUAAAUAUUGAACAUGGCAAAGUAUCUGAGAAUAAAAGCAGCCCUACUGUAACUUCUAGACGCCAUGUAUCUGUACCUCAAAAGCCUGCAGACAACUCCUGGCGUACCCCGGAGUCCAAGAAAGAAUCAGAUUGGACUUCAUCAAUUAACACUAAGAAAUCUGUAGCUGUUGCACGUAUGGCAGUUCACGUUAUUAACUCCUCCCUACCUCGUAGGGUGAGGAAUUCACACCUGGAAGCCUCACCAAUCUGGAGGUGAGAAUAAAACAGGGAUAAGACUGUCUUACAUAAAUGGCGCCUGGAAUCAGGAGCUUUCCAUGGAUAAUAUAUAUUCUGUUUGUGUACUAGUGCCUUUGGUACGAGAAAAGACAGAUUAUCACAUUUGUUUUGUUUUUUUAAAUAAAUCUGCCAUCAGUUAUUGCUCUUGAAGAUGUAUGGAAAAUAUUGUGGCAACCUCAUAUUCUGUGUGCUAAAUCAAGGAGGGACUGGUAUACCAUUUAUAUUGCUCACUUGCAAGAAUUUCUACCUCUUUUUCUCUCGCUGUCCAUCUAAUCUCAUAAGUCCAACAGUUCUUUAACUUAAUACAAUUUUAGAGACAUAAUUCCAAACAGGUUUUUAUCCUUAACACCAUUGAUGUGGCCUGAAGUGUUUUAUAUUAUUUUUUAUAUAUAUGUUGUGCUCCACAUACACAAAAAUAUUAUUGAUAGGCUGAUAUGGCAAGUCUCAUAGGCAGCACCAAGAUCAGAAGUGUAUUAAACUUUUUUCCUAAUAUUUUAUGUUUUGAUGGGAAAUAAAAGUAAAUGAAUAACUGUGCUAGUUUUUCCUUUUCAUAAUGAUCUGUAGAACUGAAACAGCACUUUUGAACACUAAUGUAACAUUAUGUUUGAAUGGAUUAAUAUUUGUGUGUAUUUAUUAUAUAUAUUCUUGUAACUAUUUAAAUAUGACAUGUGAAGAGUAGCUCAGAUGUUAUUUAUUUCAUUUUCCAAAUGUGCCUUGAUAAUUAUAACAAACGUUAUUUUCCCCUUUUGCCUUAGUUCUCUAUAACUUCAUUUUUAUUUUUGUGUGGCAAAUAUUGUGUGACUAAUAGAAGAAAGAUGUACAGAGACAUGUAUAAUUAAUAAAUAAAUCAAUGGAUGAUACAAACUAU